AUGGAGUCUGACCUGAGUUCAAAGGUCACUGUCGAGUACCACGAUCCUUCUGGCAUCUUCCCUCUGAUCUCGCGUGACCUGGCCUCCAGGCUACCUUUACGAAACUUGAACUGGAAAUCUCCCUCGAGACCCUUACGCUCUAUCGGUGCCCUCCAUGUCGAGUUCGUUCCCGAUGCUCAGACCGAAGCCUCAGAGAGCGACAAGCUGCAGCGCGUCGACUCGUACGGUUCCAGACCCGGCGCUGCUACAGUCGCCAAAGAAAGAAGACACCAGAUCCCCGGCUUGCGCCAGACUCCAUACCUCCGAAUCUACCUGCUUCGAUGCGAUGACAAGGACACGUACAAGGCUUCAUCGCGCCAGAUGCUUCGCGAUUGGCUCAGGGAGACUGCUCUACCAGCGCAAAGCUCCUCGGCUGUGAACAGGUCCGAGGACCACGAUGCUGCCGAAUGGCUUAUCCUACACGUCGUCAUUCCUGAUACAAUCGCCGCAUCCGAGCCUCGCUGGACUGCUGCAUCUAAAAAGGAACCUGACGAAUUGGUUGAGAGGCCUUCGAGCACCACGAAAUGGCCUGGCAAGAACUCAAGGACUGUACUGGACAAGAUUCGUGCCGACUUCACCGCUUCCUCAAAGUCUGGUCCAGAACGUAUCGCUCAAAUCCGUCUGCAAAAGAAAGACGUUCCUCCACAGCUGCUACCACAGACACCCGUCACUCAACCAUACACUGAAAGCUUGCAGGAGCAAGACAACGCCUGGCAGGACCUCAUUGCCAAGUUCAAGACUCUGAUCCUCAUGUCGUUUGAUUUGCGCGUUCUCCAAUACGAAGACGACAUUCGUGAGAAGGGCUCCCAACGUGCCCUACCCGGCUGGAACUUCUGCACCUUUUUCACCCUAAAAGAGGGUCUUGCUCGUGGCUUUGAAAGCGUUGGUCUCGUCGAAGACGCUCUGGCGAUAUAUGAUGAGCUGUCGGUAGGCCUCGAUUCCGUUCUACGUGAAAACGAACCUGGCGCUACACAAGGAACCUUCCUCGGUGACCUUGACACUCAAAGAAAAGCCCUACUGGAAACUAUUGAUGCCCAGUCCGACACAUCUAGGCUCGAACAGCUAACUUCGCAGUUUCAAGAACUAUUUAGCCAGCCCUUGGAUCUGACCAAGAAGGAUUAUCGUGGCGCUAUAGUCUCCAGCACCAUAUCUCUGUUUGACUUUCGACUUUACAUUUUUGCGAGGCAAAGAACACUUUUGCUUCGUCUUGGCGCUGGAAUUGGCAAUCUUCAACAGACCAAACCUUCCAGUGCCAGAGCUAGUCCAAAAGAUGACAAUCUGACUUUUGCUGCUGAAGUCUGCAAGAGAGCAGCUCUAUUCGCUGCCACCAAUUCACGUGCUCUUCGUAGUGGCUUGACUGAUGGGUCUGAAAUCAAUUCUCUUGUUUCUUCACUUGUGGAAAACAUUGCUUCUUCCUGGACGCAUGCUGUACUCGAGCAGGUCCUUGAGGAGACCGCCUCUAAAGAUUUGUCCUUGUCUGGUGACAAAGCGCAGCUAACACCACAAUUCCAAACGCUUGGUGUCUUCUCUAAAAAAGAGGCAGGUGGUAAUUUCAACUUCCCUCAGGGUGCCAACACCCACCCAGCACGGUCGAGCUCUUUACAACGAAGCGCCUCUUCCUCGUCUCAAUUGACGCCACAAACUAUCUACGAGAAUGAUCGAUAUGCCAAAUCAACGCCUAGCGCUCAGCCAGAUACCAUGAGCACAAUUGGCUCUGGCAUCGCUGUCCUUGCAUCUGGACGGGCUCAGCUUCUCCUGAUGCAGCGCAGAAUCAUCGAAGCUCUUGCCAAGCAGAAGGGGUGGCAAUCUGGUUGGGCUGCGAUCAAGGAACCGCAAGCCAUGGUCGACAUUGAUCUCGACGGCGAAGAAGAGACUGGGGCUGAUUUAGAAAGAGAAGCACUCAAGGCUUCGACGUCGACCGCGAAGAUUGAGAAGAUAACGAAUAUGGUUCUUAGUGCCCCCUUGUCGUCUGCUCUCGCAUCUCUCGAGGAAUUCCGAGCUGUCUACGAGCAACUGAGCAAGCUCGCAAUGUCGCACUUCAGCACCGCAAAUCACACAAAAUCAGCAGACUCUGUCAUGAGUGAUCUUGCCAUACUCAAAUACCAACUUGGCGAUGUCGCUCAGGCAGCUACUUACUUCCAGCGCUCCUCUGCAACUUUCCUCAAGACAAGUUGGUCUUACGUCCAUGGUGAGAUGCUGAGGAUAUACGCAAAGUGUCUGAAGGAUCUGCACCGGCGAGACGAAUACAUGAGAGUGAUGCUGAGCCUGUUGGGUAAGGUGGUUGCACAUCGUACGGCUAAAUCACUGCCCAGGAUACGUGGUACUUCUGCAUGGCUAGACGAGGAGACAGUCGAUGUUACCAGUAUUCUCGAAGAGCUCGUGAGUUUUUCAGGAGAGCUCCCGUACAACUUCAACGCCACAAUGUCUGAGUUCUUCGCCAACAUCAAUGUAAGCCCUGAAAUAAUGCAUUAUUCAGGCAAGGAUGGUUUUAGCCUGAACGUCCACUUCACACACCUUCUGGAUGAGGAUCUCAUUCUCGAUCGUGUCAAGCUACGACUGGUGCUAGUAAGCGACGGAAGUCAGGAGAUACUUUUGCAGAGCGACGGUCCUCUGACGCUGAAGCGUGGCCUUGCAAAACUCCAAGUCCAUUCGAGCGUCACAACCUACGGACAUUAUCUGAUUGACAAACUAACGCUGGAGUCGAAGAAGCUACACUUCUCCCAUGAAUUCCAGCCGAAGCCACAGACGACCCCGCUGGGCAUUACCAAUGCAAACAUGUCUGGGAGGAGGCCUAGCAUGAGUGGACCUUCUCUGCUAGUUUAUCCUCAUGGCAAGUCUCUCGAAAUCCGAACAACGCUAGCCAAUGAGAUCCACAUCGACAAGAUACGAUCGAUUGAGCUCACCGUCGUGACAGGCCGCAACAAUACUGAAAGUCUUGACCUACGGCUCAAGUCUGCGUCCGCCGGACUGAGACUCCAUACUGCGGAUGCUGCCAUUAUAGAGAGCGAUCACGCUCAUCUGGAUACAUCACAAGCUGGUACGCUUCGACUCGGCGCAGCGGGAUCAGAAGUGGUCCUCAAAAUCCGAGUACCCUACAGCACAGAACGCGCCCUCGACGAGCUUAUCAUUAAACUGGAGGCAAACUACCAAACCAGCCAGGGAUUAUUCUCGUACCUUCGUACUUCAGCGGUCUCGGCAGCAUUGCCCCUGGAUGUAGAUGUUAACGACAUCUUCAAGUCUCAUGCUCUUUUUUCCCGUUUCAGUAUUAGGACGACGAACGCGACACCACUGCAAGUCACAAAUGUGCAAGUGCAAGAGUCCGAGUUUUACGGAGUGCGAGCUCUACCUUGCCCUCUCCCAAUGACUGUGUUUGACAAGCAGCCAGCCAAUCUGACUUACAAGGUUACAAGAAAGGAUGGUCAAGGCGAGCUGAACAAGAAGGAAGCUGCAUUGUCACUGACUGUCGAAUACAUACGCUCUGACGAGGCUAUCUUUGAGAAGCUUGGCGAAACAUUCGAACAGGCAGUUGCGAGCAGCCCCUUUGCAGCUUUACGGCGCUUGCUCGUACCUACCUUGUUGAACAGAACAAAGUCGUAUGCACCUGCCCACCAGCUCGAACAGGCAGUGCUGCUCAAUGAGUUCCAAGUACCUUCCUACGGAUCCAUGGGGUGGGAAAGGCUUGUUGCCAGUCUAACGAGUGACAUGCGGCAAGGCCUAGAACUGUGGCUGCAGGAAUGGCACUCUAACAAUCACAAGUUGCCUCUUGACCAAACAAAGCCAGCUGCUUCGUCAAGAAAGAUUACUCUCUCUGUCGAAGUACCUACUGUCGAUGUCUUGCACACAGUUACUCUUCGCCUCGAUGACAGUAGGGCGGCAGAGGCUGUCAUAAUCGGCCGCCCACUAGCAGCCACUCUCACAAUCAAGCAUACAAGGCGCUGGGCCAGCGUGGCAGUCGCAUCAGAUACGCCGCUCUCAUUUUCGUAUGAUGUCGAUGCGUCUGCAGAUGGUCCUUGGCUUGUGGCUGGACCCAAGCGCUCACGCUUUGAUCUUAAGCCUGAUGAUGAAGAGACCAAAGUCUCACUCGUGCUUGUGCCACUGAGAUUGGGCAUGCACCUUCUUCCGUCCAUCGAUAUUCAAUCAGUCGCCCUUGCCGUCGAUGAUUCUGGUUCGAAUGGCAUGUCGAGAUUGCUCAGCCCGGGACAGAACAAUGCGCCUGUCGAGGAAGAAACUACACAGCCCCUGGUCAGCUGCGAGACCGACUACCACAACUCCGGCGAGACGGUUAUGGUGGUGCGAGAGACGAGGACGACAACAGUGACGGUCAGAGAAAGGGAUCUCAUGCCGGCAUUACAGAGGAUGCCCACUGCUACAGAAUCGGGCGGCGCCAGAACAGCCCUCGUCCUCGUCAUCGCAGCCACGGUCUCCUUUAUCGGAAAGGCCUUUUGGCAAAAGAUACAACAAGGAGGUGAACAACAACAACAAAAGAAAAAGACUGGAAAGAAUGGAAAGCGGAAGAGAAGAUCGCAAGGAGGUAGUGGAUUCAAGGAGGCUAGACAUGAGAAUUAUGAUCCAGAGGUUGGUAAUGCUUCAUUCUUUGACGAUUGA